UCCAAUUCUUUAUUUUGAGUUAGGGUUUGUGGAGGAAUGGCGAUGGCGGCAGAGGAGUCCGUGGAGCAGCAAUUCCUGGUAAGGCUUCUCAAUGGCAGCACCAGGUGCGUGCGAUUCGCAUCACCGCGGGUUCUCUGCGAGGAUCUCAAGGCUAGGGUAUUCGAGAUCGCCGGCAUUCCGCCAUCGCUCCAGCGGGUCGUCACAGGGACGCGGGAGAUUGGCGAGGGCGAGGCUCUGCCGGCGUCCAGGGAUGCGUCGUGCGCUGUGUUGCUGCGCCUGAGGGGCGGGAAGGGAGGAUUUGGCUCGCUGCUUAGGGGGGCGGCCACCAAGGCCGGACAGAAGAAGACGAGUAAUUUCGAUGCGUGUAGAGACAUGAGUGGGAGGCGGCUGAGGCAUGUAAAUGGGGAGAAGAAGAUCAAGGAGUGGAACGAGGAGGCGGGAUUGAGGCAGCUGGAAGUGGUGGCUCACGACUAUUUGAAGAAGGAAAGCCAGAAGCUAAAGAAUGAGUCGUCCGCCGCGGAGGAUAUCAAGAAGUUCCGUGAAGAGGCGGAGAGAAAGUCACAGGAGGUCCAGGAAGCAGUGCUGGAUGGCUUGAGGCGGGCCAAGAACAAGAAGCGGGGGACUGAUGGAAAGAGAAAGAAGAUCGACAUGGACGACAUGGCAUCCAAGAAACUUCGAAUAAUGUCGACUGGGAAGGAUAGCGACCAAGAGUUGAUGCCUCCUAUCCACACUGGGGCCUCCAGUAGUCAAAGUUUCGAAGACCCCAGCGUAUUAAAUCCUUCGCCAGAGGCUGUCCCGUCACCGGCUGAGACAGCGCAGCCCGUGGAGCCUGUGGAGCCUGUGGUAAAUCUCCAGGCUCCCCAGGAGCCACCGCCAAAGGUCAUAGAAGAACUAAGCUUCGACAACUUUCAGAGCGCCGAAGAGCUGGAGACACUUGGCAUGGAUCGGCUUAAGUCCGAGCUCCAGAAGCGAGGCCUUAAGUGCGGUGGAAGCUUGAAGGAAAGGUCGGCAAGGCUGUUUCUCUUGAAAACCACACCAGUCGAGAAACUGGAUAAGAAGCAUUUUGCCAAGUCCAAGUAACAGAGAAGGUACCACUGGCUUUUGUGCGACUAAUUGUAACGCUUGUCCUCCUGGCCUGGUGCUUCAUUCCAGGAGCUUACAUUUGAAGAGCAAUAACAAAGUUAAUAGUAUUUACAGA